AUGUCUCCAUACACGGCCAUUAUCAGACGCAGCGGUAAUCCCUUCGAGCUGGCUCACGUUCUGGUCUCCUGGUUGAUAGGAGCUGGGUAUGACGCGUAUGUGGUGGUUGGGAACGCCUCACGUGAUGUCUGUAUGGCCAUACGAUAUCGCACGGUUUGUCCGGAACUGCCUGAUGAGACUGAGGUUAUCGAAGAACCUCCUCCACCAGAGGAAGAACCUCGCUACCGCUUGGUGCCGCUGCCCGAUCUCACUUCCAAAUAUUGCAAGGAAAUGGAUAAAAAAGAAGAGGAGAGGUUACAGGGAGAACAGGACAAGAUAGAAAGAGAAAGAUUGAGAAAAAUUGCGGAGCUGGAGAAACCUCCGCCAGAUGAUAUUCAUACCUGGCGGACUCACGCCUGGGUGCUCGUGCUUGGUGGCUUUAAAGGAAUUGAAGAGCCCUUCUUCAUCGAGCCCAGUGAUGGAAACCGCUUCCCAUUGGACGCUGAACAGUACCAAUACAUUGACAGCGUUUAUAAUCACGAGAAUUAUUAUGUCAAUCUGCAAUCCUGUGAUGAAGGUCUGGGUUCUCUAAACUAUGAUCUAUCCGAUCUCACGUGUUGGGAACAUCUGCUGGCUGGCGAGCCUUAUUACAGGCGGCAACUGGUCGGCAUUGACUGCUCUGAUAAAAGAACCGCUGUUGAUACUGAGAAACAUCUCGACGUACCCACCAGUUGGGUUGAAAAGCUGGACAUUACCGCUGAUGAGUACGAACAGAGAUAUCCCGGGAGCCAUAAAGUGAUACAUUAUAAGAAAGUUUUGUUAGAAAAGUUCUCUCCAUAUUCACAGAAAGAUGGCAUCAUCAAAAGAAUAAAGAUAUUUGAAGAUUACGCUCUGACUAUACCACUUUUGACAUAUGAAUGGUACAAAAACAGAGCGGAUAAGAUGGACACAGUUAAAAUAGAUCACGUGAAGAAAGAGAUUCGUGAACUUUUCUUGAUUGGCAGAAAAGAUCAUCUUUUGAAGCACGUAUACUCUAUCGACGCUCCAGCCACGUCUGUGGAAGGAACUCGCAUGAUGCAGUUCAACUAUUAUGCAAGACUUGACCACCUCGAACGUCUUGAGUGCGAUGCUUUAAACUUUAACGAAUAUUACACUGAUCGAAGCGACAGGCUUGAAACAAGAUUUAUAACAUAUACGGAAGGCACAAAAUUAGAGCCAAAACGUCAGGUCAAAGAUAUAACUGAGACCUACAGCCGCAAUCCCGAUGUACCAGCCAAAGACGACAUCUGGAAAAGGAUCUUCCACAUACAGAAUAACACCAUAGAACUGCUUUACCACUACGCUUAUAAUUUCGUGACGAACAACACACGAAGCUUCAUCAAACCGAAUCUAGCUGAGACCGGCGGGAAAAUACUGUUCUAUCCCGACAAAACCUCUGGUUACAUUGCGGAUGCAUGCGCUAGUCAACCUCGACCACUCCACGUGUACUACGCUCUGUGCGACAAUAUGGAGUCAGAAUACCAGUCCCGUAAACAUAUAAGAGAUCGGGAAUCUGAUGUCACGGAAUACUUGAAACAGAGACUCAAAGAACUCACUGAACCCGUGCUGUUUGUGUCCCUGUUUGAUACAGAGAGGAAUGACGCCGCCAAAAAAGGUUGGAGGGAACAGGAAAUGCAAAAAGCUGAAGUGACGGAACGCGAGAAGGAAGCUGAGAUAGAUCCUCUAGCUCCAUACCUCGCUCGGAUGUUUGGGUCAGGGCGAGGACGAGGGCUGUUGUCCAUCAAGGAGGCAGCUCUGGUUAGAGACCAGUGCAUCAAUGACUUCCGGGCCAAGCAACUCGCGAGACAGAACCUCGUACAGGAGAGGUUUGAUAAGUUGAACGCCGAAUAUAAGAAUAAGAGACUCUGGUAUUUGGCGAACCAGUUUAUUCUGACACCUGAAAAGGAGAGCGCUUACUUCGCUGCUAGCGCGGAACUGGUAUUCCAAGUUCAUACUUUGGAAGUGCGUCUGACAAGACAUAAGGACCUAUCGGCUCCGAGAUUCAAAGUUCUUGAAGAUUAUUUAGAUAAGCAUCCCUUGCUCAAGGAGUACAAUCGUAUGCGGCAUCAUUACAGAAUUAAAUAA